AUGAAUUCUGUGACUAGUGUGACUAGACCCUAUUUACUUUUACGACCUGCUAUUUUCCAAAAUCAAACCCUACAGAAGGUUUCAGCAGGAGCAAAAAAAGAAACAGCUGUGAAUAAUAGCAAGAAGGUCAAUAGUAAUAUGUUAUUAAAAUUAAAUUUAAAGAAGUUCCCUAACUUAUUAGGUCAUUCAACAAGUAGGAUCAACAGGUUGUAUAAUGAGGAUGCAUAUUCAUGUAAUAUCAUCUCAUUCCCUUCGCUUCAACAAGAUGUAGAUAUUAUGAGAACAGGAAAAUCAAAAAACAACGAUAUCUUUAAAAAUAAUAGAAUUUUAAACCUUUCAGUAUUUGAUGGUCAUGGUGGCGAAGGCAGAGUUUCUAAAUUGUUGGCAGAGAAACUUCAUUUGCGUUUAUCAACUGAAUUACCAACCAAGAAGAAAUUCUUUGAUUUAUUAAAAGAAUAUAAGGAUAUAGUAGGGGGAGAAUAUUGGGAGGUAUUGUAUAAAAAUAGGUUCAAAUUUUAUGAUAAAUAUAUAAAACAUUGUAAUACUAAAAUAGAUCUGGUGUUAUUUGCUGAUAAGGGGAAAGAAAAGAAUUCAAAUUCCACUUGGGCAGAAUCUCCAAUAGGAUCUAGGAUGAUUUUUGACAAAUAUGGUAAUAUUAUUGAUAAGACAAGUCUAUUAACUGAAUAUCAAAGAUUAAGAUUCUACUACACGUACUUAAAAUUUGACUUAGAAGAAUGUUGUGGACACAAGAGGCAUGGAAGCGUCACGAAUAUCAAUCAAAAUAUUUAUGAUCAAUUUGAACAGUUUCCUGGUGGUUCUACUGCAACUUCAAUUUUUCUGACACCCUUCGAUAUCCAAUCCAAUAGAUCGGUUAUUCAUGAUGAUUCCUUUAUUGUAAGGCCAACCUCCCUUUUGAAAUUGGUAGUAACUCAGAUUGGAGAUUCAAAAGCAAUAAUUUGUGAUUCAAAUGGUAUUGCCCAUAGUUUAUCAAAACCUCAUAAUGCCUCAUCAGAGAGAGAAAUUAAAAGACUAUAUAAACAACCUGAGAAAAGAAAAAAUUUAUCUAUUGCCAAAAUGAAGACUGCUCCAAUAAUUGAACCAGAAGUAGAAACUGAUUCAUUCGGUGAUAAACGCUUUUUGGAUACAUUUGCUAAUACGAGAUCGUUUGGUGAUAUUAUUGCCAAGAAUAAAGGAUUGUCUGCUGAACCAGAGCUGUACUCCUAUUUAAUUGGCCCUACUAUUGAUUUACCACAUUCUGAAAAGUCAAAACUACAAUUUGGAGGUGAUGAAUGUUUUAUUAUAUUAAUUUCUGAUGGGGUGUAUAAUGUCAUACCUGAUCAGGAAUUAGUUGAUUUAAUCACUUCAACUGUAAAUAAUCGUGGUUUAAAGACAGCGACACCUCAAUAUAUCACCGAUGAGAUUAUUAAAUAUGUAUACGCCAUUGGUGGAAGGGACGCUGAUAAUGCAACAUGUGUGCUAUUAAGAUUGCCUAAUUGGGGUAAUUGGCCAUCGAUUGAUAGGACAGGUAAAAUCAGAGAAGAAAAACUUAUGCAUACAUUCUCUGGGGACCGGAACAUGUCAUGA